CCACCGCGCCGCGGCCCGCGCGCCCGGAUCCUUAGCUCCGGGCGCCGCCGCCCGAGCCCGCGGACGGCCGCGGAGACCCCGGCCUCGGCGGGCGGGCGCCCUGUCCGCGGCGCCUGUCCAGCUCCCCCAGGAGGGCCGGCUCACCAUGCUCCUGCUGUCGCGGCGCCGCCUCCUCCUGUCCGUCUAUUGCCCGCAGAUCUUCCUCCUUCUGUCCAGCGGCAGCUACCUGGCGCUGUCCUCCGUCGUGGCCCUGGGCGCCAACAUCAUCUGCAACAAGAUCCCGGGGCUGGCCCCGCGGCAGCGUGCCAUCUGCCAGAGCCGGCCGGACGCCAUCAUCGUGGUGGGCGAGGGCGCCCAGAUGGGCAUCGACGAGUGCCAGCACCAGUUCCGCUUCGGGCGCUGGAACUGCUCGGCGCUGGGCGAGAGGACGGUCUUCGGGCAGGAGCUCCGAGUAGGGAGCCGCGAAGCGGCCUUCACGUACGCCAUCACGGCCGCGGGGGUGGCACACGCCGUCACGGCCGCCUGCAGCCAGGGCAACCUGAGCAACUGCGGCUGCGACCGCGAGAAGCAGGGCUACUACAACCAGGCCGAGGGCUGGAAGUGGGGUGGCUGCUCGGCCGACGUGCGCUACGGCAUCGACUUCUCCCGCCGCUUCGUGGACGCCCGCGAGAUCAAGAAGAACGCGCGGCGCCUCAUGAACCUGCACAACAACGAGGCCGGCAGGAAGGUGCUGGAGGAGCGCAUGAAGCUGGAGUGUAAGUGCCACGGCGUGUCGGGCUCUUGCACCACCAAGACGUGCUGGACCACGCUGCCCAAGUUCCGGGAGGUGGGCCACCUGCUCAAGGAGAAGUACAACGCGGCCGUGCAGGUGGAGGUGGUGCGGGCCAGCCGCCUGCGGCAGCCCACCUUCCUCCGCAUCAAGCAGCUGCGCAGCUACCAGAAGCCCAUGGAGACAGACCUGGUGUACAUCGAGAAGUCGCCCAACUACUGCGAGGAGGACGCGGCCACGGGCAGCGUGGGCACGCAGGGCCGCCUGUGCAACCGCACCUCGCCCGGCGCCGACGGCUGCGACACCAUGUGCUGUGGCCGUGGCUAUAACACGCACCAGUACACCAAGGUCUGGCAGUGCAACUGCAAGUUCCACUGGUGCUGCUUCGUCAAGUGCAACACGUGCAGCGAGCGCACCGAGGUGUACACGUGCAAGUGAGCACGUGCCCCGCAGCUCCGGUCCCUCCUGCUGCGGCCCCAGCUCCGCCCGCCCCGCCCCUCAGGGUUCAGCCCCGCCCCUCAGGGUUCAGCCCCGCCCCUUGGGGCAAAGCCCCGCCCCACUGGGUAGAGCUCUGCCUCUUUGGUGCAGCUCUGCCCCACAGGGCAUAGCCCCACCCCUAAGGGUAUAGCCCCGCCCCCCGUGUGCAGCCCCGUUCCACCCCACAGGGCAUAGCUCCACCCCAAAUGGUGUAGCCCCGCCUUACCCUACAGGGCAUAGCUCCACCCCAAAGGUGAAGCCCCACCCCUCAGGGUGCAGCCCCGCCCCUCUGGGUAUGGCCCCGCCCCACCCUACAGGGCAUAGCUCCACCCCAAAGGUGUAGCCCCGCCCUCUCUGGGUGUAGCCCCGCACCUGCGGAUGUAGCCCCGCCCCACGCAGCCCUGCCCGGGCUGAUUUGCACACCCUGUGGGCGCUGGCGCUGCUGCCCAGGGCAGGGGUGGCCCCAGCAGGUGGGAAGGCGCCCCCAGGCCCGCCCACCACUCCCACCCUUCCCUCUGGCCCUCCCUUUUCAUCACCUCCGGGGGCAGGACGGCCCCCACCACGCGGCCAGAGACAUUGGUGGCCCCCUCGGGUGCCCCUGAAGUGACCCUCACUUAGGGCGCACGGACCGGAGGCCGCGCGGGGAGCGGACUGUGCGCGUCCUGCCCGCCCCGGGGGCUCGGACACGGAAGGGCCGGGCAGCCCCAGGCCAGACUGCUGAGCUGGCCACCCCCGCCGAGCGCCCCAGGGCGUCCGGGCUGGCCGUGGUGACGUUAUUUAUGUUCUCUCCGUCUCCGAGAGGGUCCCAGCACUGAGGCGUCGCCGGGCCCCUCCCCAGCCCCAGCCCCAGCCCUGCAGCACCCAGCCCGCUGCCCUCCGGCCCUGCCUCAGGGGUCCCCAGGGAGCCUGGCGGGGGCCUGGGAGCUGGCACAGACUCUCCCAGCCCCCCUUGCUGGGACAGGUGCCGCCCGUCCCGGCCUCUCCCCCUACAGGCCCCCUUGUUUACAGAGCCCCUGCAGGGGGUCAGCUCAGACGGGGACACUGAGGCCAGGGCUGCUGGUGGUCCUGUGACCCCGAAGAAGGCCCCCCUGGCUGGGGCGGCCUGACCUUGAGAGACGCACCCUGGACACCCCACGCCUCAAACACUCCCAGCUGCACCCCUCCCUCCGCACCCCCCCCAGCUGCCUUCAAGGCGUCCCACAGUGGUGACCUUCGACCCCUGAGCGUGAUGGGGAGAAAAUGACCACACAAGGACCUCCGUGGCCCGUCUCCCGGGCUCCCGCCCCCCACGGACCCUCUCAACUUUCCUAGCCCCGAACCAGUGGGGUGGGAGUGGGACAGGGGUGCCCCCCGCCCUGCGUCCUGUGUGGGACCCGUUGGACCUGGGGCUGACCGGCUCCCUGGGGGGGGACCCUGUAGAACAGAGGCAUAACGGGAGCAGCCCAGGCCUCGCCACUGCCCAGGCCCCCGCCCACACCGGGUGGACACGUCCCCUCUCCAGACGCCCGAGCGCCUGCGUGUGUCCCGGGGACUCCGUGUGACCACCUCGGGCCCAGUGUCCGCCCCAACCCGUGAGCCCGCGGCCGGCGCCCCCACAGCUGCUGUCCAGGCACUUCCGGGCUUGGGGGCUGCACCCCGCCCGGCUCCUGCCCCCCACCCCUGGCCCGGCCCUCGGCACGAAACCCGGUUAACUUAUAUUGUUAUAUAGCGUUGAAAUGUCUAUAUUGUCUCUUAAAUUAUUGUGACGUACACUGGGUGCUGGAGGGGGUGGCCGCUCUGUCCCCAAGCCGGCUCCUCCUUCAGCUCGAAACUGACCCUCGGGGGCCCCCGACGCCACGGAGCCCCGUGCCCCGUCCCCCCCCGGGCUCCCCACGCCUCCCCCGUGGCCGGGCAGAGAGGGGUCCCCGUGUCUGGGGGUCCACGGGGUUCUGACAAGCUCUGUCUGCCUUUCCCGGCGGGGAGCUCGGACUCAA